GACCGGGAAGAUAAUUCUGCCGCUCUUCUCUUUUCUCUCUCCGCCCCUUUUCUUCUGCCUUUUUAUCACGGCCUCUCCGGACGAGUCUCAGCGACUUGCUUUCUUUAUCGAGGGUCAUUGUCAUCUUUACCAUCUGCGUCACCUCCACGAUGAAGAUGCUGAAGGUGUCCGUGCUGGUUUGUGCCGUAAUGGUUCUGGCCACGGCUCCCGCAAGGGCUCGCCUGUCCAGGUGGAGCAUUUGUCCCAGUGGUUGGACCAGGAUCCGCGGCCGCUGCUUCUACUAUGUCUCGUCAACCCUGACUUGGGCUAAAGCCGAGAAAUACUGUCAGGCCUUGCGUGCGAACCUUGCUUCUGUGCACAACGCCUACGAGUACCGCAUGAUUCAAAGGAUGAUAUGGAGGAACACUCACGCUUACGGACGAACGUGGCUCGGAGGCUCGGACUGCCAAAAGGAGGGUGUUUGGUUGUGGACUGAUGGCACACGUUUCAACUAUCGGCACUGCGGGAAGUUUGACAACCUUUUCUGGGUGCAGCACUGCUUACAAAUGAAUUAUGGAGCUUACAGGUGCUGGGAUGACACACGAUGCUCCAAUAAACUUCCAUUUGUCUGUGCCAGAUAGCCUGUCGGGGUGUGAAGUACCUGUCAAAGUCACACACAGGUGGAUGCGUGUUGGUGAUUCAGACUCUGUCUUUGCGUUACCUGUCUCAUGCGUAACCUGAGGGCUCUGCAUCUCAUUUAAUUUCUUUUUUUAAUCUAUCGCUGUAAUGCUACUUAAGGAACAAAGCGACAGGUGUGCAGGAAUAGGACCGUGGAUGUCUGUUUGGCUUUGUGUCUGUAUUAAGAUGAUGCUUCAAAACAACUUUAUUCUGAGUGAACUGUUUCUCUUUAUGCAAAAAUAAAAGGCUCAAGCACUGCAACAA